AUGGCGGAGCUCCGGGUAGCUGAUCCCAGCAGGCUCCAUCGCAGAAGAGGGCUCACCCAAAUCAGAAAAUUCUCUCGCGUUCUCCGCAACCUCCUCCUCCUUGAAGAAAUCCCCUCUCCCCCCUCCUUACUCCUCUGCGUUCAGAUCUGCUCCUACAGAUCCUCUCUCUCCUCUGAUGCCCACAAUGUCAAUCCCGUUCCCUACCGCCCUGUCUUCCUCUAA